AUGCAGCGCGUCAAAAUGUUUACCGUAGUGUUAUUCCGGAACCGAUUUAAGGGGUCCUUUGGCGUUUACCCGGCUUUGACAGACUGGACACGUCGGCGAGGAGUACACACGUCGGCCACGACCCUUGAGUUCCACGAGUAUGACAAGCGAAGCGGCUACGACACUGGGUUGGAGAUCGCUGACACGCGUACCGAGAGGAUCCGUCUGGGUCUGAAACAGCUCAAAAAAGAAAUCAAACUAUGGAAAAAAGAAAUGCAAGAAGUUCUGAUAAGCGAUCCCAUACUCGAUUACAGAGCAGGAGAAGUUGAUGUGUUUUGGAGAUUUUACGAAGAAUCUUCAUUGGAUCAUUGGAUUGUCACAAGUGAUAGUGAUCAUGCUGAAGGUUUUAGUAAAUGUGAUUUGAAAAUUGGUCAUCAGGGUUAUGGGCUUUUUCAUGGAAAUCUAUGUUCGAGAGUCCCAAAGGAUGGAAGGAUUCAAAAUUCCGGUUAUUGCAAUAUGAUGACAAAACGUGUUUCGAAAUCUUUUCAACGAGACAGUUUUUUGGACUGGAGUCCUUACACACAUCUCAAUUUACGUUUAAGAGGCGAUGGGCGGAGUUAUCUAAUAAACAUACAUGUGGCUGGACAGUUUGAUAUUAUGUGGAAUGAUGUAUUUACAUUUGUGCUGUAUACUCGAGGUGGACCAUAUUGGCAAACCACAAGAAUACCAUUUUCAAAAUUCUUUUUUGCCAGCAAAGGACGGAUACAAGAUAAACAAGCACCAUUGCCAUUAUAUAGAAUCACUAAUUUUGGUAUUACUGUAUCAGAUAAAGCUGAUGGUCCUUUUCAAUUAGAAAUUGAUUAUAUAGGUGCCGAAAUCGAUCCUACUCAUCAUGAAGAGACUGCUUAUGAGAUGUAUGAAAUUCAACAAAAUUAUAUAAUUGGUACAUAA